AUCCGGCCAGCACCUUUCGCCGCUGUUCUGUGUGAUGUCGGUGGUCUCGCCUUUGCAGCAGUGAGUUACACGUGGAUUAGACGGGAAACUAUGGCACCACUAACCGAUAUGCUGUAGCCUACUGAUGUGCGCGCACUUACCUCGAACGCUGAGCGAGACGUGAUGGCUCUGCGUAUGUUGACGCAAGAAUUCAUGCAAGUCCCUGUCGUCACCCGGACAUACACUGCCGCGUGCGUGCUUACCACCGCCGCAGUACACCUAGAUAUUAUCUCUCCAUUCCAGCUCUACUUCAACCCAACCCUGAUAAUAAAACACUAUCAAGUAUGGAGACUGAUAACCACUUUCCUGUUUUUUGGCACUCUGGGCUUUGCCUUCUUUUUCAACAUGCUCUUCACCGUCCGGUACUGCCGCAUGCUCGAGGAAGGCUCGUUUCGAGGAAGGACUGCCGACUUUUUCUACAUGUUUCUGCUGGGAGGAUCACUGAUCAUUGUGAUCGGGAUGUUUGUCAACCAGCUGUUCCUGGGGCAUGCCUUCACCACCAUGCUGGUGUACAUUUGGAGCCGACGGAAUCCAUACUUUCGGCUAAACUUUUUUGGGCUCAUCAACUUCCAGGCACCAUACCUGCCCUGGGUGCUGCUGGGAUUCUCACUUAUUCUGGGCAACUCGGUGAUUGUGGACAUUGUAGGUGUCAUUGUUGGUCAUAUUUAUUACUUCCUUGAGGAUGUCUUCCCAAACCAAAGAGGUGGAUUCCGCUUGCUGGCUACACCAAGAUUUAUGUGAGUUGGUGAAUUUUAUGUGACUUUAUUGACUUAAGUGGCAUAUGGGUUUUCUCCAAGUAACCUUAUCUCAGCAUGCCACAGCUUAUGAGUGCCACUUUUUUGUCUGGGCCCCCACAAGGCCUCUGGUGAGCAGCUUUACUGAAACUGUGGCCAC